AUGUCGAACAUAGACAUUGAAGGGAUAUUGAAGGAGCUACCAAAUGAUGGGAGGCUUCCAAAGACGAAGAUAGUUUGCACAUUAGGUCCUGCGUCUCGGACUGUUCCUAUGAUUGAGAAGCUUCUAAACGCGGGCAUGAAUGUCGCUCGAUUCAAUUUCUCUCAUGGUAGCCACGAGUACCAUCAGGAGACUCUUGACAAUCUCCGCACCGCUAUGCAGAAUACAGGCAUUCUCGCCGCUGUUAUGCUUGAUACAAAGGGGCCUGAGAUUCGUACCGGUUUCUUGAAAGAUGGGAACCCUAUACAGCUAAAGGAAGGCCAAGAGAUCACAAUUAGCACUGAUUAUGAGAUCAAGGGUGAUGAAAAAACGAUUUCCAUGAGCUACAAAAAGCUGCCGGUGGAUGUGAAGCCUGGACAUACCAUACUGUGUGCAGAUGGAAGCAUAAGUCUAGCUGUGUUGUCAUGUGAUCCGAAGUCUGGAACGGUGCAAUGUCGAUGUGAAAACACAGCGAUGCUGGGUGAAAGAAAGAAUGUGAAUCUCCCUGGUGUCGUUGUUGAUCUACCCACUUUGACUGAGAAGGAUGUGGAAGACAUUCUUAAAUGGGGUGUUCCAAACAAGAUCGAUAUGAUUGCUCUUUCGUUUGUUCGCAAAGGUUCAGAUCUUGUUAAUGUCAGGAAAGUACUUGGAUCACAUUCCAAGAGUAUAAUGUUAAUGUCCAAGGUUGAGAACCAGGAAGGUGUGCUGAAUUUCGACGAGAUCUUGCGUGAAACGGAUGCAUUCAUGGUUGCUCGUGGUGAUCUUGGGAUGGAGAUUCCGAUAGAGAAGAUCUUCUUGGCUCAAAAGAUGAUGAUCUACAAGUGUAACCUUGCUGGUAAACCGGUGGUCACAGCCACUCAAAUGCUCGAGUCUAUGAUCAAAUCACCACGGCCAACACGAGCUGAAGCCACGGAUGUAGCAAACGCGGUUCUCGAUGGCACGGACUGCGUCAUGCUCAGCGGUGAAAGCGCUGCAGGAGCAUACCCUGAAAUAGCAGUGAAAACAAUGGCUAAAAUCUGCAUCGAAGCAGAAUCAUCUCUGGACUACAACACAAUCUUCAAGGAGAUGAUUAGAGCCACUCCACUUCCAAUGAGCACACUGGAGAGUCUUGCAUCAUCCGCUGUACGAACCGCAAACAAAGCCAGGGCGAAACUCAUCAUCGUGUUGACCCGAGGAGGUACAACGGCUAAACUGGUGGCUAAGUAUAGACCGGCUGUUCCGAUUCUAUCGGUGGUUGUUCCGGUUUUCACCAGCGAUACCUUUAACUGGAGUUGCAGCGACGAGUCACCGGCGAGGCAUAGUCUGAUAUACAGAGGUUUGAUUCCAGUUUUGGCUGAAGGUUCUGCAAAAGCAACUGACAGUGAAUCGACAGAGGAAAUUAUUGAGGCUGCUUUGAAGUCGGCGACUGAGAAAGGACUGUGUAACCAUGGUGAUGCUGUGGUGGCUCUGCACCGUAUCGGAGCUGCUUCGGUUAUCAAGAUCUGUGUGGUCAAGUGA